CUGUCAGCGCUCUGGGUUUGGUUAGUCCUCCAUCUUGGAUGUGGCUAGCGGAGCGACUAGCAGAGUCUGUCCGGAGAGGAUGAGGAGAAGCUGAACGGACCGGGACCCGCUGCUGAGUUCACCGAACCGAGACCGUCCCACCGACCCGACCCCACACUGAGACCGGCAGGCACUCCCAGACCCGCUCUGGCCCCAGAAACACACUCACCCGGUCCUGCCGGGUUGCGAGCGAGCUAGCCGGGUAACUUAGCCAGCAAAGAGGAACUGUUGCUCCGGGUCAGUUUGGAUCGAUGUCGGAUAAAAACUGUCGGAAAAGAAGCCGAGGCGAGCCGAGCCGGGCCAGAUAACCCCCUGGUCCUGUAGCCAGGACUGGAGCCAGUGAUGCUGGGGGAAGACCUGCUGAAAUAAACCCGAGCUGAAGCGAAAGCAGCCCGUAGACAGUCCGCUAAGUUUAGGCAGGUGUUCCGGGGCGGACAGGCGGCUUCAUGACCGAACCUCCUUCACACUGACCCGGGUAACAUGUCCACCAGGACCCCCCUGCCAACUGUCAACGAGCGGGACGCCGAAAAUUUCACAGGUUUGUCUCUGAGGCGAGGAGGGUUCUCUGGAGAGGGUUUGAAGGGUCCAAGAGCCGGUUCCAGGUGUCUUGGAAAGUAUUACGGUUCUCCUAAAGCGGGGUCCAGGCACGGGUUCCAACAGCACCUGAUAAGUUUUUAAAGUCCUCAAAAGAGUUUCCAGGUGUUCCAGGAGAUUGUUGGGAUGUCCACUGGGUCCCUGAGAACCUCUGUAGGGUCACAGAGACGGCUCCAGGUGUCCUGGGUGGUGGUCUCAGGAGCAGCUAACAGGGUUGUAGUUGUGGUAGAUGAGAUUUCAGUGGAUCUGUGGAUGGUUCAGAUCUCCUGCAGGAGGUGUUUGGUCCCAGGUGUCCUGAGAAAGUUUUUGGUUUUGGUCCCGUGAUUCCAACUGGAUCUGUGGAGGGUUUAAAUGUAUCUUAAGGUUUGUAGGGUCGCUGAGACGGUCUUGUCCUGGAGAAUGUGUCCCUGAAGAAGUUCUAGAUGUUUAUGUUAAGGUUUCUGUGAGAUCUCCUCUAACAGGGUUCCAGGUGGGUCUGGAAGGUUUACAGGGUCAUUCAUGAGGUUUGAGUCGUUAUGUGAGGAGGUUCCAGGUGUUCCAGGUAUCUGAUCAGCUGAUCGCAGUAUCACUGGUUCAAGUCCAGUGGAGAUAGAUUAGAUAAAGAACAAAGUCCUCACAGAGGAAACAGCAUGCCUCAGGGGAUGAUGGGCGUGGUGUGGUGUCCCGCUCCGUCCGCUCAACUCGCUGUAAAACCUCAUCGUCCGCUGGAGGAGACGAGUCACCGCAUGUUGGAAAUUACCGCCUCCUGAAAACCAUCGGGAAGGGAAACUUUGCUAAAGUCAAACUGGCUCGACACAUCCUGACAGGACGAGAGGUGGCGAUCAAAAUCAUUGAUAAGACCCAGCUGAACCCGACCAGCCUGCAGAAGCUCUUCAGAGAGGUUCGAAUCAUGAAGAUCUUAAAUCACCCAAACAUCGUGAAGCUGUUUGAGGUGAUAGAGACGGAGAAGACUCUGUACCUGGUGAUGGAGUACGCCAGUGGAGGUGAGGUGUUCGACUACCUUGUAGCUCAUGGGAGGAUGAAGGAGAAGGAGGCCAGAGCUAAAUUUAGACAGAUAGUGUCUGCAGUCCAGUAUUGUCAUCAGAAGCACAUAGUUCACCGUGACCUAAAGGCAGAGAAUCUCCUCCUGGAUGCUGAUAUGAACAUUAAAAUCGCAGACUUUGGCUUCAGUAAUGAGUUCACUGUCGGUGGGAAACUGGACACUUUCUGUGGCUCUCCUCCGUAUGCUGCUCCUGAGCUCUUCCAGGGUAAGAAGUACGACGGUCCAGAGGUGGAUGUGUGGAGUCUGGGUGUGAUCCUCUACACUCUGGUCAGUGGAUCUCUGCCAUUUGACGGACAGAAUCUGAAGGAGCUGAGAGAGCGAGUGCUGAGAGGAAAAUAUCGAAUCCCCUUCUACAUGUCGACCGACUGUGAGAACCUCCUGAAACGCUUCCUGGUCCUGAACCCGGGGAAACGAGGGACUCUGGAGCAAAUAAUGAAGGAUCGGUGGAUCAAUGCUGGUUGUGAUGAGGAGGAGCUGAAGCCAUUCAUGGAGCCGGAGCUGGACAUCAGGGACCAGAAGAGGAUCGAUGUAAUGGUGGGGAUGGGUUACUCCAGAGAGGAGAUCAACGAUUCGCUCGCCAAGAUGAAGUACGAUGACAUCACAGCCACCUACCUGCUGCUGGGGCGCAGGGCUGCUGAGGUGGAGGCGGGCGACUCCCUGCUCAAACCUCGUCCAUCCAGCAGCAGCACUCAGUCUCCUGCUCACCUCCUCGUCCAGCGCUCCUCCUCCUCCAAACAGAGGAGGUACAGCGACCAAGUGUGUCCGGUGUCCUCGGCUGCUCCUCACUCCAGGAGGAGUCAGGCGGCGGCGGCAGAGGGGGAGGUGAAGCAGGAGGGGGGAGGACAGAACAGGAAGUCCAGUCCUGUGGAGGGGGGCAGUCCUCUGCUGGGCAGCGCCAACAACCCCAACAUGGCUGACAUCCCUGAGCGGAGGAAGACGUCGGCCACGCCCACUGGAGGAUCCAGCAUGACGAGGAGGAACACCUACGUCUGCAGCGACAGGAACGCCACCGACCGACACUCUGUGGUCCACAACGGCAAGGAGAACAGCUCAGUGACCACACCCACCCAGAGGUCAGUGGGCGGAGCCUCCACCCACAGCGUCAGCAGCGGGGCAACCCCCCCUGACCGGCUGCGUUUCCCGCGGGGGACGGCGAGUCGCAGCACCUUCCACGGCGGUCAGCUCCGAGAGAGACGCACUGCCACCUACAACGGCCCCCCUGCCUCCCCCAGCCUGUCCCACGACGCCACGCCCCUCGCCCAUUCACGAGCCAGAGGGUCCACCAACCUGUUCUCCAAACUCACCUCCAAACUCACACGCAGUCGUAACGUGGCGUCGGAUCAGAAGGAGGAGCCUGGCUCACCUGCAGCUCCUCACCUGAAGGAGUCGAAGCCCCGCUCCCUGAGGUUCACCUGGAGCAUGAAGACCACGUCGUCCAUGGAGCCUCUAGACAUGAUGAGGGAGAUCAGGAAAGUCCUGGAUGCCAACAACUGCGACUACGAGCAGCGUGAGCGCUUCCUGCUGCUCUGUGUCCACGGAGACGGACACGCUGACAGCCUCGUCCAAUGGGAGAUGGAGGUUUGCAAACUGCCCCGCCUCUCCCUCAACGGCGUCCGCUUCAAACGCAUUUCAGGAACGUCCAUCGCCUUCAAGAACAUCGCCUCCAAGAUCGCCAACGAACUCAAACUGUAGGGGGGGGGUAGAGAGAGAUGUGUACAGGUCUGUUCUCAGGUGAGAGGCAGGUGUGUUAUAGUUGUGUGAUCAGCUGUUGAUCAGUUUAUGGCUUUGUUGAUCAGAUUAAAUCAAUUGAUCAAUAACUGAUCAUCAGUUCUCUGUAGGACUGUGUCAGUCUGAUCUCACCUGUUGACCUGUUCCUGUCUCAGUCACCUGAGAGUGAAACCAGACUGAUGCUCAGCUGAUUGCUCUUAUUGAUAAUUGAUUGUUUCAGCUCUCUGAUAAUCAGUGAUUAUUGAUUAUUGAUGACCACACACUGAUGAUGACAUCACUCUCUCUCUCAUAUUAAACUGUCUAUCUAUCUGUGCGGGGUUUUCCUCACCUGCUCCCAGCACAGCAGGGGCAGCUCCCCAUCGCUCUGCUACCUGACUGAACAUGGCCGACUGCUGCAAAGGAUCAAGUUCCUGGAGUCCAGAAACUGCAGCGAUGGACAUUUUUGUUUUAUGUUGAAAGAGGCUCUGCAGUGACUGACCUGCAGGUGUUUUGGCCCCGCCCACCAGGUGGGGGCGGGUCAGACUGAAGGGGGUGGAGUCAGGAGCCCAGACAGGUGGAGUGAAUGUAAAUAGUUUGACAGACUCACCUUGUUUUCAUGUUGUUUCCUCUUUUGUACAUGUGAGUGAUCAGCUGAUCGACGGCUGAUCAAUGACUGAUGUGCGGGUGAUUGCUGUUGUUGUUUGUUACCUGAACCUCAGGUUCACCUGUGUCUCAUUAAACACCUUGAACGCAGCACCA